AUGCCUUCCUCCAACCAUUCCCUGUCCGUGUCGAGCUUCCGGGACAGCCUGCCCGUGUACUCGGCGAGCCACUCGCCGCACACGCAGCUCGGCUCCUUCGGCAUCCCGGACCGCCAGAUCCUGCCCGACUUUGCGCUCAUCUACGACGGCAACUACGUGCCCAUCCCGACGGGCUUCCGCGAGGACGGCGCCGUCGACGACGAGGGCCUCCGCAUGUACGAGUACGUGCCGGCCACGCCCGACUGCCGGCAGGAGUACGACCUCAUCUACAUGCUGGGCUACUGCCGCCUGCCCGGCGAGUUCCAGGAGACGAUUCAGCGUCUCCGAGCGAGCCGUCAUCAUCUGGUCCCUCGUGCUGCUCUACCUCGCCCUCGGCACGGCGUACACGGCGGUCCGCUGCGGGCCGCGGACGGCGCCCGUGCCGGUCGCCAGGGCCCCGCGGUGCCUGGCCGGCCGGCUCAUGCGCGCGUACACGCAGAGCAGGUGGCACCCGCUCGUGCUGCUCUGGUCGCUGGUCCUGCUGCUCUUCGGCCUGCCGCUCUGUCUGUACGCGGCCGCCUGGUGGGCGCUCGGCGCGUCGGUGGUGCGGUGCUGGCGGCGCUUCGGCGGGGGCAAGCCGCGCGACGUGUGGGACGCGUACAGGAGGGCCGUGCUGUGGACGGCGCCGACGGGGUCCGCGGCGAAUAUGCUGGUGGGCCAGCUGCGGGUGCGGGACUGGAAGGACGGGAUUGGGCACGGGAAUGGAAACGGGAACGGGAACGGGAAUGCGAAUGGGGCCGGCGUCGGGCUGCAGAACCUACCGCCGGCUCAGGGCCAUCCGCAGCAGCCGCAGCAGCAGGGUCAGACGGCCAUGGCUACUGCUUCUGGCAGUCAGGCCGGGGUAUCUGCCGCCGGGUCGGGAAGGAGGCCGAGCGCCGAGAACCCGUUUGCGGAUCCGGAUGCUGA